UUUACCACUUUCGAUUUUUUCAUGCAGCAUAGUUUCAGUAUUCAGUCAGGUUUUAAGGCUACAUUUGCUAUACAUUUUAAGAAAGGAUCGAUGACAUGUUUCGUGUCGUGUGCACGAGACGUGGACUUCCGAGAAAGUACAAUCCGAGUUUACAGCCGUGCUUGCUUGCUUGCUUGCUUGAGAGGUUGUCUAAGGUUUAAUGUUUGUGCUGCUGUUUUGUAUUUGGAUUAAAAUUAAUCGAGCUAAACAAUAGCUACUUUGCUAAAUAAUGGAUGUUCAAAUGUAUUUGGCUCGUAUCGGCUGUUCUGGUCCGUGUCCCCCGACACUGGAGACUCUGCAAUAUCUUCACCUGAACCACUUACUGACGGUUCCCUUCGGAAACCUCACCAUUCACACCCGGGGUCGGGUCAGGCUGGAGCUGCCACUUCUGUAUGAAAAAAUCGUGAUGAAGCGUCGUGGAGGAUUCUGCUUUGAGAUUAACGGACUCUUCUCCUGGCUGCUGUCUCAGAUGGGUUAUGAUGUCACUUUGCUCUCGGCACAGGUCAGGAGUCGGUUCACCGGAGCUUAUGGACCUCCUUUUGACCACUUCCUCAUGAUGGUGACGCUGGAUAAACACAGGUGGCUCUGCGAUGUUGGGUUUGGGUCUGGAUUUCAGCUUCCUCUUUCUCUUGAGACUGACAGACCUCAGAUCCAGAGCCAUGGCGUUUAUCGCCUCAGAUCUGAAGGAAACUUGAUUUUCAUGGAAAGUAAAUCAGACAUUGGUGGGGAAUGUUGGACAGAACAGUAUAAGUUCACUCUGGAGCCUCGAGACAGAGCUGAUUUCAUAGCCAUGUGUGGCUAUCAUCAGAGUUCUGUUAGCUCACUUUUUUUCUGCAAGUCUCUCUGUUCACUCUUGUUGCCCACUGGGAGAAUCACCAUCAUGGGUCGCAGAUUGGUAAUAAGCAGUUUGGGUUCAGGUGAUGGAGAAUAUGCAUCAAGAACCAUAACAGAUCUUUCAGAUGAAGAAAUUACAAGGUUUUUGAGGGAGAAGUUUGGAAUUGUUCUUCAAGCUCCACUCAUUCCUAAAGAUAAUGAGAUUGUACCACCAAACAAUUAAGUGUUUUUUUAUAUGGUGGGUCUCUCUAACACGUUAAAGAGGUUUAACAUUUACACCAUUUAGGCUACUCACUUCAAGCUCCAAAUCCAUUUUUUUCUGUGUAAUACAAAAGACCUUUAUCAGAGAAAACUAGUAAUUAGCUACCAGUAUAUUACAUUAAUUCAUUUAUUUUCUGUUUAGCUUAGUCCCUUUAUUAAUCUGGGGUCGCCACAGCAGAAUGAACCGCCAACUUAUCCAGCAUAUGUGUUUACACUACAGACAAUUUAGCUUCACCUAAUUCACCUAUACCGCAUGUCUUUGGACUUGGGGGGAAACCGGAGCACCCAGAGGAAACCCACGUCAACAGAGAGAACAUGCAAACUUCACACAAAAAUGCCAACUGACCCAGCCAAGGCUUGAACCAGCGACCUUCUUGUUGUGAGGCAAUUGUGCUACCCACUUAUUACAUUUAGUCUAUAUUAUGAAUGUUGGCUAAUUGUAAUAAAUAAGUCUGUUCAGGAUUAUUUCAUGAAGUUCCUUCAUUCAUUUAGUAAAUGCACAUGAUUUAUUCUGAUAAAAGUAUUUUAUUAAAACACUGAAUUAAUCUGAACUGAUCUAUUAAAUUGUUGUUUUAUUAAUAUCUCCAUUAAUUUUAAAAACAAAUAAAAAA